AAAAAUCAAACAAUUCACGAAGAAGGAGUCCAAUAUAUACAAAUCUACAUUGGUAGUCUAAAUGGAUGUUUGAUAAGAACGUUGUACUAGAUCAAUUUCUCCAAAGAGAUAAGGCGACCAUUUCCUCUCACUAUAUUUCAUAACAACGUAUCAGCCAUGGUCUUCAAAGGAGUAAUUGUUUUUGCAGCAUGUCUCUUCAUUUCAAGACAACAGACAUGCAUUGGAAUGGAACGACAGGAAAGGCUGCUACUGAGCGAUCCGCAGGCGGUACAAUCCCAAAUCAGUACCUUGAUACAGAAGGUAAAUGCUUUACACACCGAGAUGAACGAGGAAGUAGACUCCUUAAAAACUCAACUGACCAAUCAGAACAAAGAGAUGUCGUACCUCCGGGGUCAGAUUUCUGCACUCUCUCAACAGUUAAACUCUCAGGGUUCCACCUUUACUGUCUGGGGAAAGAACACUUGUCCGAAGGUGAAUGGCACAGAAAUGGUUUAUAAUGGAAUUACCGGUGGGAAACAUUUUACAGAACCGGGUAAUGGCGCGAACACUCUUUGUAUGCCACAUGAUCCGGAAAAGCUGCCAUAUGAUGUAUCUGUAAUCAACGGAGAUGAUUUUGCUCAUCUCUAUGGUGCCGAGUACCAGUUCUCCAUACACCGCGUUCAUAUACAAGAAGAUGUCCCAUGCGCAGUCUGUCGAGUCAAAAUGGCGUCAUCCUCUGUCAUGAUCCCCGGAAAACGUACGUGUCCGACAUAUUGGCGUAAACAGUAUGCAGGUUUUCUAACGGCAAGUUGGCAUAAUUAUCAGAGCACAGAAUAUCUGUGUCUGGAUGACGAUCCAGAUUUUAUAGAAGGGUCCCGACGAGACGAUAAUGGAAGAUUGUUUUAUCCAGUAAAAUCGGUCUGUGGAGCUCUGCCUUGCCCGCCGUAUGAAAACAAUAUCCUUGUAUCAUGUGUUGUUUGUUCGAGAUAAACUCAUCAAAAAUGC